AUGAGACUCGAAGUUGCUUCUAGCUCGGGUUCCACGAACACAUUAGACAAGUGUGCUGACCAUCAAGACCAACCCGAUUACGCGAAUCAUCGAGUCUUCCAGAAAAACAGACUUCCAGCACGAUCUUACUUCAUUCCUGAUACAUCAGUACUAUUGAAUGGUCAGUGGGAUUUCCAUUAUGCGAAGACUCCUGGUCAAUCCCCGAGCUGGGACGAGAUCGAUGUGAGUAAGGAGUUUCAGUGGCAGAAGAUCACUGUGCCCGGCCAUUGGCAACUACAGCGAUAUGGAAGACCUCAGUACACGAAUGUCAUCUAUCCAUUCCCUGUUGACCCUCCUCAUGUGCCCACCGAGAAUCCGACGGGGAGCUAUCGGAGACGGUUCAGAAUCCCUUCGCACUGGAGCCGAGAAACUCAAGUACGUCUCAGGUUUGACGGUGUCGACAGUGCUUUCCAUCUCUUCGUCAAUGGACAUCAGGUUGGCUACUCGCAAGGUAGUAGGAAUCCGGCCGAAUUCGAUAUUACUUCCUUCAUUAAACGAGAUGCAGUAAACGAAAUCUUGGUCCGAGUCUACCAAUGGUCUGAUGGCUCAUAUAUUGAGGAUCAGGACCAAUGGUGGCUAUCUGGAAUCUUCAGAGAUGUCCAUCUAAUCGCAUUUUCGUCCAAAGCUCGCAUUGAAGAUUUUGCCAUUGAAACCGAUCUUGAUAGUGACUAUGAGAAUGCGACUUUGAGCGUGCGGCUAGAUCUAGCUCUAAAGGAUGAUUCAAAGAUCGCGAUAGGAGUCUGGCCAUCAGAUGAGUCCGAAGUCUUGAUAUCUGACCACUGUACGAUUUCCAGCAAUGAGAAGUCACUGGCAAAGACAUUUACUGUGAAAAAGCCCGACAAAUGGACGGCUGAAACUCCGGUCCUGUAUCGUAUGCAGAUCCAGCUGUCGGAUUCAGACGGCAGAAUUAUUCAGACUAUUCACCACUGCUUCGGGUUCCGAAAGGUUGAGAUCAAGAAAGGGCUUCUCACUGUGAAUGGGUCACGGUUGCUUUUGAGAGGUGUCAAUCGACACGAACAUCACCCAAAGUUCGGUCGCGCGGUGCCUGUAGAUUUCUUGAAACAAGAUCUGUUACUCAUGAAGCAACACAACAUCAAUGCCGUCCGCUGCUCGCAUUAUCCCUCUCAGCCUGCACUUUACAGUAUCUGCGAUGAAAUCGGAUUAUGGGUUCUGGACGAGGCUGAUCUCGAAUGCCAUGGAUUCUAUGAUGCUGUCGCUAGGCCUUUAAAUGUCCCAGAAGAGAUGGACUACGACAAACGGAAGAAGUUAGUCUUCGGCAAGGCUGCUCAAUUUACGUCGGACAAUGCUGAGUGGGAAGCUGCUUACGUCGAUCGGAUGACUCAAAUGAUACAAAGAGACAAAAAUUACACUUCGAUCAUCAUCUGGUCUUUGGGAAACGAGGCAUUUUACGGACGCAACCACAAAGCAAUGUACGAGUAUUCCAAGCGUGUCGAUCCUUCCAGACCAGUUCAUUAUGAGGGCGACGCGGAAGCCUUAUCCGCUGAUAUGUACUCAUAUAUGUAUCCAUCUGUCAAAAGACUGAUCACUCAUGCGAAAGAGACAGGUGUAGCAGCUGAUGGCACUUUCCAGAAACCAAUCAUUCUUUGCGAGUAUGCCCAUGCUAUGGGUAAUGGGCCAGGCCUUUUGGAGGAUUAUCAAGCUGCAUUCCGAGACUUCCCUAGAUUACAGGGCGGCUUCAUAUGGGAAUGGGCCAACCAUGGAUUGCUAAAGCCGUCAGAAGAAGAUCCAAGCACUGAUAUCUACGGCUACGGUGGUGAUUUUGAUGACUUUCCAAAUGACGGAACCUUCGUGAUGGAUGGUCUUCUCUACAGUGAUCAUACACCCACUCCCGGAUUGGUUGAACUCAAGCAAGUCAUCUCCCCAAUCAGAAUAUGGGCAGCUGAUGUAGGCAAGUCACUCGUCAUUGAGAACGGCUUCAAUUUUAUCGAUCUGAGCGACUAUGUAGCCCACUACAGGCUAGAGGUAUUGGGUGCUAGCAAAUCACUGAUUGCCUCGGGUGCGCUUGAAUUGCCCUCUCUGGCAGCUGGUGCCACUGGAACGAUCGACCUACCUCCGGAAGUCCUUCAGCAUAAUCCAAAGGCCCCAGGUGAAUCGUGGCUUACUAUUGCCUUGAAAACCAGAAAUUCCUCUUCUUGGGCCGAUGCUGACCAUGAGAUUGCUUGGUUCCAACACUGCAUUUCACCACAGCAGCGCAAAGAACCUGCAUUCGCCCUAGAAAUUUCUCCAAGCUUGAGAUUUAGUACAUCGAAACGAGUUUUCACCUUCGAAGCAGAUGACUUCAGCCUGGAAUUCGAUCGCAGCUUCGGGCAUAUCAAGUCCUGGAAAUACGGCGAUUCCGAGCUCCUUCACGAUAAAGGACAUUCGGUGCCUCCAUUCCAACUUGGGUUUUGGAGACCACCAACGGACAAUGAUGGGGCCUGGCAAACGAAUGUUUGGAAGAACUGGGGCUUGGAUACCCUCACUGUGCAAAAUCGGAGCCUUGAUGUCAAGUGGAUCAGUGAGAGCGAGGUGUGGAUAAUAUCAACAUCAUAUAUCAGUCCUCCAAUCCUGGCCUGGGGCUUCUUGGUCGAAACAACCUAUCAAAUCCUUGGUAGCGGUCAGAUGACGAUAAAAGUCCACAUGAAGCCGCAAGGAGCAAUUCCCACGAAUUUACCGCGAGUAGGAUGGGACAUCAAAUUAUCCGACUCCCUGGAUCGGGCUGAGUGGUUCGGCCGUGGACCUGGUGAGGGAUACAACGAUAAGAAAUCGGCACAAAAAGUGGGGAUUUUCAAAGCCUUGAUCGACGACUUGCACACGCGCUACGACAUUCCACAGGAGAAUGGGAAUCGUAUUGACACCCGGUGGGUGAAGCUGCUCAAUGCGAGAGGCAUGGGCCUGAAGGCCUCCUUAUCCGGCUCGAAGAGAUCGGAGGGCUUGUUUCAGUGGGCGGCAUCACGGUAUUCGGCGCAGACACUAGAAAAGACCAGACAUCAAGCUGAGUUGAAGAAGGAUGACUUGGUCCACUUCCGCUUAGAUGCAAAUGUCGCUGGUGUAGGGACUGGUGCUUGCGGACCCGGCACAAACGAGGAGGACCAGGUUAAAUGUGAGGAGAUGGAGUUUGAGAUUCAUCUGCAGCCUGUAUCUGCUUGA